AUGUACUAUACUGCCGUGAGAGCUGAGAGGCUUGUGGAAAAAGGAAAUAACGUGACAAUUUACUCGAUGCUACAUAAGUCAAUUGGUCCACUUGGUAAAGGAGUGAAUACUCUCGAGACUGUACUUAGACCAGAUCAGCCCACGAGAGAUCAACAAACGGUGGACACGCUUUUUUGGAAUUUUGAGAUGAAGCCGGAAAUUUUUGAAUCGCCGCAUAAGAUUAGCUACGAUUAUAUGAUGUAUUCACUGGAAGACGAGACUUUUCAAAAAGUCAUGGAUACUCAAUGGGAUGUUGUCAUUUUGGACGAGCUGUUCGCAGUUGCUCAAGGAGCCAUGGCAUUGGCUUUACGUGAAAGAUACGGAACAAAGCUUGCCACUUUUGCGACCACAGCUUUUCAAGCAGUUAAACGCUUUUCAAUUGCAGAUUUCUCUAACCAGUACAGCGUUUACAGAGGAUUCUCACGCAAUCCUAUCAUAACCCCAGACUACUAUACAAAAGGUUAUAACAUGAUGAGCUUCGAUGUGACGAACUUCUUUAUUCGACUGGCUUCCAUACGGGAUCUGAUCUACGAGCAGUACUACAUCGUGAUCGCAUGUAAUCGAUGGCUUAAAAAAGCUGGUGAAGUACUGAACGUCUACAACUCCUAUGAUACCAUUUUCGAGGCGUCCCAUGCCAGUUUGACGGAUUUCCCAUCAGGCUAUGGCUACCCCUCCCCCAUAGGAACAGAUCUGAUUCACGUCGGCGAAUAUUGUCAAGAAUCGAAAGAGCUUCCGCCAGGUUUGAAGAGCUUUGUGGAGGAUCCAACUUCAAAAGGAACGAUAUACAUAGCUUUUGGGUCGCUUGUCAACUGGAAUGCGGCCAAACCAGAGAUCAUAUCCACGUUUUUCGAUGCUCUGAAUAUCUUCAGUGACUACAGAAUCAUAUUUAGCUAUGCAGGGCCAGAGGUGAAGGACAAAAAGCCGCAUGUGAAACUUCUUCGAUGGGCACCACAAAACGACAUACUCGCUCAUAAUAAAACUGUUUUAUUUUUUACCCAUGGUGGAUUGAAAAGUAUAAAAGAAGGUAUAUGCUCGAAUACCCCCAUGCUUUUCUUACCUUUCUUCGCGGAUCAACCUCGAAAUGCUCUUUUCGCUCGUCGUCUGGGUAUCGCUGAUGUGAUCUAUAAAAUGAACAUAACGAGAGAGGAACUUAGUUCAAAAAUCAAUCGAGUGCUUACGGAUACUAGCUUCGCAAUCAACACUCGAAAGCUUCAUCGUCAAUUCCUGGAUCAUGUCAUGGACCCACUUGACUACGGAUCUCGAUGGAUAGAUCGUGUCGGAAAAAUCCAGGAUGAACAAUGCGUGUACUACAAAAAUCGAGGACGUCUACUCUCAUGGAUCUCAUACUUGUAUAUCGACUUUCUUGUUGUUGUUGUUUUGAUGUUGAGUAUUUUAACAUAA